AUGUCUUCAGAUAUCAUGGUAAUGGCUGGUCUGGGUCGACCUUUCACCCUUGGGAUGCUGUAUGACGCCCGCCGAGAGAAACUGAUCCCAGGUUUCUCAAUGUUUGGUGAUGAAACUCUACAACAGUAUGCAUCAAGUAACCCUCAACGCAGCAGUGAUUUCCAAAUCGUUGCCUCUGAUUCCAUUAACGACAAGUCUUCUCUGAUGGAUAUUGAAGCUUCUCUGGGAGUCAGUUUCCUGGGUGGGCUGGUUGAAGUUGGGGGAUCUGCCAAGUAUCUUAAUAAUACAAAGAAAUACCAGAAUCAGAGCAGAGUCACACUCAAGUACAAAGCUACCACCACUUAUCAACAAUUCACAGCUCCUCCUGGAACCGUGAAGGUGCAACAAACGGCCAUUACUGAGAAGGGCUUGGCAACACAUGUAGUUACAGGCAUCCUCUAUGGAGCAAAUGCCUUCUUUGUGUUUGACAGUGACAAGUUAGAGGAUAGCAACCUUCAGGACAUCGAGGGCAGAAUGGAAGCUGUGAUUAGGAAGAUUCCUACUGUUAGCAUUGAGGGGUACGGUUCUGUCAAACUGACUGAUGAAGAAAAAUCUCUGGCCAGCAAUCUCUCCUGCAAGUUUCAUGGAGACUUCCUUCUUGAAAGCCUCCCUACUACUUUUCAAGAUGCAGUGAUGACCUACCAGAAUCUUCCAGGACUUCUUGGAGAAGAAGGAACCAAUGCGGUUCCAAUGAAGGUCUGGCUGGUACCCUUGAAGAAAUUUUAUUCUCAAGCUGACCUGCUGGUCCGUGACAUCACUGUUGGUGGAGUGAGAAAGAUUCACAGUACCCUAGAAGAGUUGCACGAACUGAAGAGGAGAUGCAAUGAAGCCAUGGAUGACAAACUUGUGAAACAACUUCCACUGAUUCAUGACAGGGUUAGCAAUUUCCAACAGCUAUUUCAAGAUUACAUUCUUACCGUGCAACAGAAAAUUGCGACGAAACUUCCUCUGAUUCGGGGAGGUACAGAAGACGAAAGCUCAUUAGAGAAGAUAAUUACAGACAGGGCCAAGUCACCAUUCAGCAAUGAAAAUGUGAGCACGUGGCUGGAUGCCAUAGAGAGAGAAAUCACUGCCUUAAAGACCUGUGCAGGCCUGAUGGAGGGAACACAGACAAAAUUUGUCUCAAAUCAGACCGAGUUGGAUAGAGAGGUUCUUGCUGAAAAUGCAAAGCAUGCUCUGUGCUUUGUUUUCACCUCCAUGGAGCGCAGUGAUCCCUACCUUAGAGCGUUGUCCGAAUAUUUGGAAUCACCCAAUACAGAAAUCACCAGGGAUGUUGCGCCAUCCACUGAAGACAUGUGGUGUUACUCCACUCGGGUGGUACUCAAAAUGAAACAAAAAGCCCAACAAUUCAUUGAGCAUGCCAAAAAAAUGGAGAAAAGCAGGAAUGUCGUUUUCCUUGCAGCAGCCAUAACAAAUGGGAAAUACCAAGGAGCAAGCAUCUACCAUUACAAGGAGGGCAGUCUGGUCACUCAGGACUUUACAUUUCCUAUCUUUGUUGAUGCGGAGCGUGUCAAAGACAGAAGUGAUCUACUUUGGUAUGCCUGCGACCUCACCUUUGACCCAAACACAGUACAAAAAUGUGUCACUCUUUCUGACGACAACAAACAUGCAGAGUCUGGAAAACAGCAGAAAUAUAGUGCUCACCCAGAGAGGUUUAAUGUCUUUCAGCAGGUGUUGUGCAAAGAGAGGCUGAACGGGCGCCAUUACUGGGAGGUAGAUUGGACCGGAUUCCUUUCUGCAGGUGUUGCAUAUUUAGGAAUCGCCAGGAAAGAUUUAGAGAAUCAGAGCCAUAUUGGGUUCAAUUUGAAAUCCUGGGCUUUAUGCGCUACCCCCAAAUUAGGAUAUACUUUAUGGCAUAAUCAAGUAAAAGCCCUUGACGCUAAGCCCGAUCAUGACUUUACACGACUAGGAGUGUAUCUGGACUGGCGUGCUGGCAGUCUGUCUUUCUACAAGGUCUCCUCUAAUGUACUGCAUCACCUUUACACCUUCAAAACCAAAUUCACUGAGCCUGUUUACCCAGCCUUCUGUAUUGGGUUGCUGUAUUUCAAUGGAAAGGCCAGAUUAUUUUGAAACAUCAGUCACAGUUACUGAUAAUCAUACUUCCGCCAAGGUUAUACAACUACUACGCAACAUUUUUUCGAGGAGAUACAUUAUAUAAUAUUUUUCUGGAUCUGUAUCAAAAUCUGCAUCAUGACAGUAGCUCCAGUUUGUGCCUCUCAUUAAUGUUCAUUACUUUUGAGUUACAGAGGUAAGCAUCUGUUUUCCUGAUAAAAAAAAUAUAUAUAUAGUAUAUAUUAAAAAUAAAUAAAAAAGAAUCACAUCCAGUAAAAGCAUCUGUCUGCUGCAUGAUUAGAAAAUAUUUUCAUCCCGUUUAUCAAGUUGAGAUUCCAUUUCAUAUAUGUGGGGCACAAACUGGGGCUAAAAUGUAAUAGCUUUUCUUUCCAUUCAAGGAAGUGCAAUAGUUUAUGAGAAAAAGCAAAAUGUAAAAAAAAAAAAAAAAAAAAAAAGAAUCACUUAUAAAUCAAUAAUCACUUAUUCCUUCGCCCCACUGUCCACUACAUUUAACAAAAAAAUGUUGAAAGGGAUUUGAGAAAUCAUGAUAACCAUCAAACACCAAAAACAUAACCUCCUUUGUGGGGUUAAAAAUUCACAGGAAACUAAAUUACAUAAUCCAUCUGAUUACCAAAAUUAGUAAAGUGAAUUUAUUUUGGAUUACUGAUUAUUCAAUCCUGGAUUUUAAUGCUAAAUUAAAUCUGACGCUAGUCCAAAUAGUACCCAACAGUUUAGUGUGUCUUGACUCAGACUGUUUGUUUUGUACUUAUAGGUCAAACUUUCAAUUUGGGUAUGUGAAUUUAUCAGUGAUUUAUAUGGAUUAAGAAUUGGGCCCUUAACUAUACUGUAUUUUCUAGUCAGUGUUCAAAAUGUAAAAAAUAAAAAUUACA